AAACAUCUUUUCUAGGUCGCGCUCUCCAACUUUCUCGUACUUGGCGAUGGCCCUGGUUCGAUACACCGGGACUUCCGCUAAAUCCUUUUUUUUACUUAAUACUAGAAAUGUUGCAUCAGUUCUUUCUGCUAAAGAAAAGGAAUACUAUCCACACUUGGGAAAUCGACAAAUAGUCGGUUAUGGUGUCAAUGGCAUUCCAAUUUACUAUGAUGAUGCCGCAUUCCCCUUUCCACCGAUUCGGUACCAAGAGUUUACUGAUAAGAUAUCUGCCUUGGUCGAAAAAGAAAAGGGAGAUUGGAGCAAAUUGUCAACAGAAGAAAAGAGACAGCUAUACAGGUUUAGCUUUCGCAGAACGAUUGCUGAAGUAACUGCACCUAAUAUUGAUUGGAAAUUCGGUUUAUCUUGGGCUCUCGGUGUUAUGGGUUUUGCCAUGUCGUACUACUUAUUUUAUUUAUAUUUCGGUAUGUCCUUUAUUUGUUGA